AUGGACAACUCGCUGUGGAUGAUUCACCAUGGACAAUUCGGUGUUGGACAACUGACAAUGGACAACUCACCGUGGACAACUUGCGGUAGCCAACUUGCUGUGGGACAACUCGCCAAAUCCAACUUACAACAGGACAAGAGUUACAGAUUGAUCUGGCGGAGCGUGGAAGCGCAACUGUCCAGGCGUGAAGUUUCUGGGCUCUCAAGGAAUGACAGCAGCACGGUUCCUCAGAAACGAGAUCCUAGUGUCCUCAGCGAUCAGGUAUCUGGACUUCCAUCUUAUAGUUAUUCCUCUACCACAGUAUCUUUAUACAGGGAAAGAAGAUUCCGUAACAUAUUCUGUGAUUCAUCAAAUUUAGGUUUAUUUGCGUGCUUCAAUGGAGGUGAAUGUGUACAUUGGAAAAUGUGCAACUGUAGUCGAUAUAACGCAACUGGAUCAAGAUGUCAGAUAGUACAUAACAUGGGAACAGAACGAGACAACAUUUGUCGAACAUGGGGACAAUAUCAUUAUGAAACUUUUGAUGGACUUUACUAUUUUUUCUCUGGGAAAUCAACAUAUGUUCUUGUCAGGCAGAAUGAAUUAGAUGAACAGAGUUUUUCCAUACAAAUCCAUAAUGAUCCAGAAUGCAGUUCUUUUCCAUAUUCCUGUAAACGAUCAGUUAGUUUAUAUUUUUCUGGAGAAGAAGAAAUCAGAUUAAGUAAUGAAGUUACUUACAAAGGCAUUGGAAUACAAUUACCGUAUACCAUAGGAAAAUUGCAUAUCCAAAAAGUAGCUGGAUAUGUCAUUGUUAGACAUCAGUAUGCAUUCUCUUUAGCUUGGGAUGGAGUAUCUGCUGUUUAUAUUAAGAUGGCUCCAGAUUAUUUGGGUAAAACUCAUGGACUGUGUGGUAAUAACAAUGCCAUUCUGCAGGAUGAACUUUCCACAAGUUAUGGAAAAAAUACAGAAGACAUUGAAGAAUUUGUGGAAAGCUGGAGAGAAAAUCCUCCUCAGGAGAACAUCCGUUCCUGGGGCACAUCAUUUAGCUAUGAACCACCCUGUUUGACUCGAACUGAUGCAUUUUUGCAGAGGACUUACACAUUAUGCAGUGUAUUGCUCUGGUUCCCCUUUAAAGAAUGUCAUGAAUUUGUGAGCCCAUUCCCUUUCAUGGCCAGUUGCACAAAUGAUUUAUGCAUGUCAGGCAUUGAUAAUACCACUUGGUGUCGUGCAUUAACCGAAUACGCAAGGACUUGUGCUCAAGCAGGAAAACCACUCCAUGAAUGGCGGGCUCAUUUUGAGCAAUGUGUUGUUAAAUGCGAGGAGCAUCUUGUCUACAAUGAAUGCAUUGACUGUUGCCCAUUUUCCUGUCGCCAAAAAACUCACUGUGUUGACAGUGAACUUCCCUGUGUUGAUGGAUGCUAUUGCCCAGAUGGCCUUAUUUAUGAAGACAGAUUAUGUGUGAGGCCAAUUGACUGCCCUUGUGAUUACCAUGGAACUCUCCACAGAACUGGUGCAGUUGUUCAAGAGGAAUGCAAUAACUGUACAUGUUCUGGAGGAAAAUGGAUUUGCACUAAUCUUACCUGUCCAGCUCAGUGCUCAGUUUCAGGAGAUAUUCACUUCAUGACAUUUGAUGGGCGCAAGUUUACUUUUCAAGCACCCUGCCAGUAUAUCUUGGCAAAAAGUCGUGUCUCUGACAAAUUUGCUGUGACUCUACAAAAUGCUCCUUGUGGACAGAAUCAUGAUGGAACUUGUAUCCAAUCGAUCAGUCUUAUUUUCAGUCAAGAUUUUAGGAGGCAAGUAACUCUGACCCAUUCAGGAGAUGUUUUGGUACAUGAUCAAUAUAAAGUUAAUCUACCAUAUAUUGAUGAUUCCUUUGAAAUUAGGAAACUUUCCUCUGUAUUUUUACAAAUUAAAUCAUACAUUGGAUUACAAAUACUUUAUGACUGGAAAGGUUUAAGACUCUAUCUUGAAGCUGAUGCUCAAUGGAAAGAUGACACGAUUGGCCUCUGUGGAACUUUCAAUGGAAAUACUCAGGAUGAUUUUUUAUCUCCAGUUGGAGUGCCAGAAACUACACCUCAGCUUUUUGGAAAUUCCUGGAAAACAUCAUCAUCCUGUAGUCCUGGGUAUGACAGUUCAUCAAUAGAUCCUUGUGAUGUUCAUUUACAAGCAGCUGCUUAUGCAACAGAAGCUUGCAGCAUCAUUACCAAAGAACUCUUUGCCCCAUGCUAUACCUAUCUGAGUCCUCUCCCCUAUUUUGAACAGUGUAGAAGAGACACCUGCAAAUGUGGGCAGAUCUGUAUGUGUUCCGCUCUCUCCCAUUAUGCCCACCUGUGCCACAGAUUUGGAGUGGAGAUCGAUUUCCGGAGUAGUGUCCUAGAAUGUGCCCUUUCAUGUGAAGAUACAAAGGAAUACAGUACUUGUGUAUCAACCUGUGGUAGAAGCUGCCGAGCAUUCUCCGUGCCAGAGGCAUGCGAUGGUGACUGUGUCGAAGGCUGCACCUGCCCUUCUGGAAUGUAUCUAAACAUCAAAACUGACAGAUGUGUGCCACAAAAUGAAUGCCCUUGCUAUUUUCAUGGUAUUGAUUAUUCCCCUGGAGAAAAUAUAAUCACGUCUUUUGGAAAGUGUCUUUUUAAGUAUGGUGAUAUGUGCUUCAAGCCAAAUGAAUGCCCAUGUACCUGGAAAGGCAAAGAAUAUUUUCCUGGGGACAAAGUAAUUUCUUCUUGCCAUACCUGCAUCUGCAGUCAUGGCUCAUUUAAAUGCAAUUUCCAUCCAUGCCCAUCAAUGUGUACUACAUAUGGAGAUCGCCAUUAUAGAACCUUUGAUGGCCUGUCUUUUGAUUAUGUUGGAAACUGUAAGGUUUACCUGGUUAAGAGUUCCUCAAUUACUAGUUUCUCAGUCAUCAUAGAAAAUGUGAACUGCUUUAACAUUGGAAUCAUUUGCAGAAAGUAUGUUUCCAUUAAUGUAGGGAAAACGUUCAUAAUAUUUGAUGAUGACACUGGAGAUCCGAGUCAUCUGAGUUACAUAGAUAAACUGCAGCAAGUGUAUAUAUGGAAGGCUGGAUUUUUCACCAUUGUUCAUUUUCCUAAUGAACACAUCACAGUAACGUGGGAUCAAAGAACAACUGUUCAUGUCGAGGCAGGGCCUCAGUGGCAGGGUGAGCUGACUGGAUUAUGUGGAAAUUUUGACUCCAAAACAAUAAAUGAAAUGAGAACUCCAGAAAAUUUUGAGUUAACAAAUUCACAAGAAUUUGGAAGCAGUUGGGCAGUUGUUGAGUGUGUUGACAGCUCUGAUAUUCGGCAUCCCUGCAUUUUAAACCCACUCAGAGAAGCAUUUGCAAAGAAAGAAUGUGGAAUACUGUUAAGUGAAAUAUUUGAGUCAUGCCAUCCAGUGGUUGAUGUCACUUGGUUUUAUUCAAACUGUUUGAUUGACACAUGUGGUUGUAACCAGGGAGGGGAUUGUGAAUGUUUCUGUACAAGUGUUUCAGCCUAUGCUCAUCAGUGUUGUCAACAAGGAGUUACAGUAGACUGGAGAUCUCCUAGACUAUGUCCAUAUGAUUGUGAAUAUAUCAAUAAAGUUCUGGGAAAAGGUCCUUACAAAUUGGUUAGCUACUUGGAUGGAAAAACUAUAAUCGCAGCAAAACUGCAGGAUGGUUCUGUUUUCCCAGCAAGAGAAGAUGACUUAGCUUCGGGGGAUGCUUUAACCUUCAUGCUAACAUCACCGCUGUAUAAGCCCAAAGCACAUGAUCCACACCUGGUUUCACUGGAAGCAGCUGACAGACCAAAUUAUUUUCUUUAUUUAGCUUCUAAUAAUACCCUUGUUCUUUCCAAGUGGGAGAGAAAUGAACGUUUUCAGAACAGGUCAACAUUUGCCAUUCACAAAAACACAUGGUUCUCAGGAUAUAGUUCUUUUGAAUCAUUUGCCGUACCAGGAGUGUUCAUCCACAUUUCAGCUUCCUCUGUGACUGUCAUUAAAUAUCAUCACUCUGAGGCAUUCAGACUCUCUACACUUUUUAAACUUGUAGAUAGCAAAUUUAAGUUUUUAUCCCGCUCAACCUGUGAAUGGCGCUAUGAUGCUUGUUCAAGUCCUUGUUUCAAGACAUGCAGAGAUCCAUUGGCAAAACAUUGUCAGACAGUUCCAAAAGUGGAAGGAUGUGUUCCUAUGUGUCCUUUGAAUUUGGUGCUGGAUGAACUCACUCAAAGAUGUGUUUAUUUUGAAGACUGCAUUGAAUCAACAGCUGAAGUUCAAAUCCUACCAUCCACUUUAAAGACGCACACAGCUUUUGGGGCUCUUCAAUCUUCUGCUGCAGUUCUGAGUAAAGAAAUAGCUUUUUCUGUGACCCCAGCAUCAAAACUUAGAGAAACAACACCUUCAUCCAAACAGCAAUUCAAUUCAACCAUUGAAAAAGCUAAACUUUCAACAUUUUCUUUGCCCAAUAUUACUUUAGCUACAUCAUCGCUUUCAGUUCAAUUAGCUUUUAAUACAAGUGCAUUGCCAGGAUUUCCACAACUUGUAACUGAUUUUAGCCCCACAUCUGUAGUUCCUUCAUCAGCAACUGAUGUAGUUACUUUGGAUACUUUGCAGACAAGCAGUAUGACAAGCUUUUCGAUCCCCUCAGCAUCUACAAUCACUGAAGCAGAAAGUAAAUUAGCAGCUACUUCAACUUCAGUUGUGACUCCAUCAAGUAUUACAGAGGAUAAAUCAUUAGACAUAUCUAGAUUAGUUUCACAAAUAAAAGUGAUAGGUGCUCAGAGUUUCCCUACAGAGGACAUAGAACGAAAACUUCAAAACAUUACAGAAACUCAAACAUCAUCUAUAGAAACAUCAAAAACAGACCAUACUAGUCAGUUUUUUACCAAAGCAACAUUGCCAUCUUUGGAAAUACCUUCCCAUUUGCCAACAUCAAGACAAACAACUCAAACCAAAACUAAGCCAAGAGUAACUGAACCAACUCUAAUAAUUACCAAUGGUACUAAAACUUCAUUUGCUCCUUUAUUUACUAUUUUAAAAACCACAAAACCAGUUCUGGAACCACGUUCUUCAGAAACAUCAAAGACAACUGUUCCUUUAAUCAAAGAACAACUUAAAAGUACUAUUAUUCCAAUAACUCCAGUGCCAACAGAGCUUCCCCACACAUUCUUGACACAUCCAAGUGUUUUAGUUUCUACUAUUAAAAAGGAAAUACCACAAACAACAACAAAUGUUACAUAUCUAACAAGUUCAUAUUUUUCUUUGUACACACCUAUAAUAUCAAAACCUCAAGUUUUUACUUCUAAACUUCCUGGAAAAACGGAUAUAUUUUCUCCUACUACAAUAGUGUCCAAAAAAUAUUUACAAACAGAGCAGUCGCUGUUUCUACAGCCAAACAUGACAAAGCCUGCAACGGCUUUAUCUUAUAAAGUAACACCUUUGUCUACAAUAGUAACCUCUAAAACCUCAACUUCAUCUGAAUCAUCAAUUCCAGUCUCCCAGGAAAUAUCUACAGAACACAAAAUACCUUUGCUCCUGAAAACUACAAAGGCAAGUAUUCCAGAUUUUGUUGGUGUUACAAAAUUGAAAACAGAAUCUGCAUUUAUAGAAGAAGUUGUAGCCACUGUUGUCCCAGCUCCAUUGGUUACUAAAAAGAUAGAAUCAGUUGGAACAACCAGAUAUCCAUUUAUUCAGCAUGCUGUUACUGAUACAGACAAAGCAACAGAAUAUAUUAGUAAAAAAGAGUCAGAAAAAACUACCAGUUUAUAUACAGGAAAACCGUCCACUUCUUACCUUCCAAUGUCCCUUUCUACAGUUAUAACGUCAAAGAUAGACACUGGUCCUUCAUCACCUGAAAUUCAGGUUCCUGUGACUGCUGCUAUUCAUCCAACUACUUCAAAGACCACCUUCAGGACGGUAUCACCAAGCACAAUAGCUUUAAGGUCAACUCCAGAAUUAACAGUAAAAGAAUCUAGGGUUACUUUAUUUCCAUUUACUGAACUUAGCAGCAGGUCACCUACUGAAGUGACGUCAAUCAAAGAAAUAUCAACCUUGCUUUCUUCAGCUACAACAUUUCCUCCCAUAAUCUCUCUAGUGAACAAAACAUCUUCUUUGUUUACUUCAACACAAAAGAUAACUGUUGUACCAACUACUGCAAAACCGUCAGUUGAGACAACAAAAUCAUCUGUAACUUCCAAGAUUGCCACUUCCUUUGUCCGUACAUCUCCAACGGAAAGCAUUUCUACCCAUGUAAAAGACAAAUCUGUUCCUCCAUAUCUUAUAACACAAACAAGAGGGAAGCAUGAUUCUUUACUAGCUUCUAAAGUUUAUUUAACUACAAAAGGAACUUCUAUGGCAUAUCAGUUUCCAGUUGAACAGACAAGUAUUUAUCCCCAAAGUACUUUAAGUACAACAGAGUCAGUCAAAGUAGCAGUGCCGUCUGUCUUCCAAAGUACUUCACAUCCAUUUGUUACUACUUCAGUUGCUCCACUCACUUCUUUAUUUUCACCCCAAAUCCCACUUGUAACUGAUAAAGAAGCAACCCAACAAAUAAUAGAGUCCUUUCCUACUGAGAAAUCCAAGACCCUUUUCCCCACCACAAAGCAAGCAUUAACUUCUUCUCAGUCAUCUACAGAAUCCAGCACUUUGUUUCAUGUGUCAAAAUCAACUUCACCAUCACUAUUUAUAUUGGAAGCACCAGAAACUUCAAUUGUGAGUCAAACAGAUUCACAAGAAAGAGUCUUAGCAACACCCGUAUCAACAGCUUUCACAUCUGUAAAGACCAGUGCUACAGAGAAGAUGAUAACUUUAUCUAAACCAAUGCUACUUUCCACUAUUUCUUCUAGUUCAGCACCUAUAGGACUAAGUGGACUCACAACCAAGAGUGUCACAAAAUCAUUAGAAAAAACAGCAGGGACAAAAGAAUCUAUCACAUCUUUAUUUCCAGUACCUUCUGAUAUUUCAGAAACAAAGAGUAUACCUUCCAAAAUACUAGAAGCUGAUGGAGAAAUAUUGGCUACAAAGCUUACUCCAUCACCUUCAAUGAGCAAACAUUCACCAACAUUCUCUGCUCCACUUAGUUCCACUAAUGAAACUGCAAUAUCCAAAUCCCCAUUUGUGAAGGAGGCAACAAUAGCAUCAGCAAGCUCUUUGCCAAUAUUACCAAUUCAUCCAAAUGCUACAACAGCUACAGCAGCUUCUACCUAUUUAUCAACCAAACCAGUAUAUGAUUCUGGCACAGUAUACGCUGAAAAUUUUACCACUGCUGAAACUAUAUCAGGUACUUCAGCAUCAGUUUUCAUACCAUCUGGAGAGGUAGCAACUCAGCCAACGUGUAUACCUGUCACAGAAAAUGACUGCAUAAAACAUAUUUGCUUAGAUGGACAAUUAAUCCAAGUUAACCAAUCACAGUACUGCCCAUACAGUGCAACACAACCCAGCUGUGGAUUUCUUGGACUUGCUGUUCAGAUUAAUGGCGACAAAUGCUGCCCCAAAUGGGAAUGUGCAUGUCGAUGCACUUUUUUCUCUGAUCUGAGCUUCAUCACCUUUGAUGGAUAUCAUGUGGCUUUAUUUAAAGAAGCAUCUUAUAUAAUCAGCCAAACACAAGAUGAAACUAUAAGCAUUCAUGUUGUUGACAACAGAAAUACCAAUAUGGGGAUCUUAACCUAUUCUAAGCUAUGUCUGGCAAUGCUGAAUUUAACAUAUCUGUCUAACCAGAUUAUCAUUGACCGUUUAAGUAGAAAGAUAGUGGUCAAUUCAAAAUAUGCUUGGCCUACUGUUAAAAAAUAUGGUUUUAAAAUUGAGGACACUGGCUUUAUGUACCUUAUUAAAACCCCAACAAAUACUAAAAUUCAGUGGUUUCAUAAUACUGGGAUGAUGAUAAUUGAACAUAAUGCAACCAGUGAUCAAAAAACAAUGGGAUUGUGUGGUUUCUGUGAUGGAAUUUCAACAAAUGACCUCAUGUUACCUAAUAAUACCAUUGUAAGAAGUGCAGCUGCUUCAGUUAUCUUCACAGAUAGCUGGUUGGUGCCAGAUACAUUGAAGUAUAUUGGAGAACCAAGAACCCAUGAAGCUAACUGUUCAGCCAUGAAUUGUUCAUUUUGCUUAAAUAUGUUGUUGAGCCAAACAUUCAGCAGCUGCCAUCCUUAUGUUUCUCCAGCUUCUUUUUGUGAUUUGUGGAUCCAAGACUCUGAAUAUAUUCAGGAUCCAUGUUUAGCACUAUCUGCUUAUGUCGCCAUGUGUAAUAAAUUUAAUAUCUGCAUAGAAUGGAGGAAUUCUAGUUAUUGUUCCUUUCCUUGUCCAGAAGGUUUCACUUAUAAGGCUUGUAUACAUCCAUGCCUCACCCCAAGCACUUGUCAGAAUACAGAAUCAACCAUAGAAGAUUCAGACUCUUGCUUGGUGCUCACUGAGGGCUGCACCUGUGCAGAAGGAACCAUCCUUCAUCGAAUUCAUUCAGCUCUCUGCAUCCCGGAAGAGAAAUGUGUGCUGAUGUCUCUUUUUCUUCUUUCCUUCUACCUUUCCCAGUAUUACAGACUUUUACAGAGAACUAGGUCUUCAUGUAAUGCAGGGAUGUCAAACUUGCGGCCCGCAAGCCAGAUGCGUUACGCACUGGCCACACCCACUCCCGGUUUAGUGAAGGGGCAUCAAGUAUAUGAACGACCAAAGGAUCUAACAACUUGCUGUGGAAAAUGCAAGAAUGUGUCUUGUGUUUACACAUUCACCAAUGGAACAAUUUCAUACUUUAAGCCUGGUUCAAGUUGGAACUUAAACUGUCUCAAAUAUGAUUGCAUAAAUACACCAGUUGGAUCAGUUCUAAUUACAUCACCCAUCAGCUGUCCACCUUUUAAUGAAACAGAAUGUGUGAAGAUUGGAGGAUACAUUGUCCCAUUCCUUGAAGGAUGUUGCAAGACAUGUAAAGAAGAUGGAAAAUUCUGUAAAAAAGUGACUGUUAGGAUGACAAUACGCAAGAACGAUUGUCGAAGUAAUACACCGGUAAACAUUGUUUCCUGUGAUGGAAAAUGUCCUUCUGCAAGCAUCUAUAAUUAUAACAUUAAUACAUAUGCAAGAUUCUGCAAAUGUUGCAGAGAACUGGGACUACAUAGGAGAACUGUACAGUUAUAUUGCAGUGGGAACUCAACCUGGGUCAGCUAUACAAUUCAGGAACCCACAGACUGUUCUUGCCAAUGGUCAUGAAGCAAUGCUAAAAGAGGUCUGUUUCUUAAACAGCUUUGGAGGCAAUUAAUUUUAUUCCCAGAAUAAAUUCAGAAUGUUAACAGUUUAUCAAUAAUGCAGCUAUCUAUAAUUAUAACAAUUACUUUUAAAGAUGACUAUAUGUCAUUACAUUUUUAUUGUUUAGAAAUGAGCCCAGAGUAUUCAAAUUGUCAAUAGAAAGAGGUUCUGUUUUUUUUAAUAUACUUUUCUUUUGUAGAGAUUAUUUAAUCAGAAUAUUCAUGAAUUGGAAGUCCAGUGAAAGCUUUUAUCCAUGCAGCCAGCUUUAAUUUAAUAUUCUAUUGCACGGUUCACCGAC